CCGCCGCACCCGACGUAGCCAAGCGCACCCUCGGCCACCCCGGCGCCCAGGCCCGCGGCUCCCCGGCCUGGGCUCGGCGCAGGCCCCGCCCCGGCCCCGCCCCGGCCCGCCUCCACGCGCUCGCCCGGGCCGCCCGCGAGCUCCGAGCGCCCGGCUGGCUGGGCGCGCGGCGGCGCUGCCGGCCCUUCGGCUCCCGCGCCCGGCCCCUGCGUCGGCCAUGCUCCCGAGCCCGGCCGCGGCGCGCCCCCCGGCCCCGUGAUGAGGAGCGGCGCCGAGCGCAGAGGCAGCAGCGCUGCGGCGCCCCCCGGCUCGCCGCCCCCCGGCCGCGCGCGCCCCCUCGGCGCCGACGCGCCCCUCGCCCAGCCGCCGCCCGCCGCCGGCCCGCCCAGGGCCCGGGACGCCGGCGAUGGCCGCUCCCAGCCGCGCCCCCUGUUCUCGUGGAGCAAGUGGAAGAAGAGGAUGGGCUCGUCCAUGUCGGCGGCCACGGCGCGCAGGCCGGUGUUUGACGACAAGGAGGACGUGAACUUUGACCACUUCCAGAUCCUUCGUGCCAUUGGGAAGGGCAGCUUUGGCAAGGUGUGCAUUGUGCAGAAGCGGGACACAGAGAAGAUGUACGCCAUGAAGUACAUGAACAAGCAGCAGUGCAUCGAGCGCGAUGAGGUGCGCAAUGUCUUCCGGGAGCUGCAGAUCCUGCAGGAGGUGGAACACGGCUUCCUGGUGAACCUGUGGUACUCCUUCCAGGAUGAGGAAGACAUGUUCAUGGUGGUGGACCUGCUGUUGGGCGGGGACCUGCGCUACCAUCUGCAGCAGAAUGUGCAGUUCUCCGAGGACACCGUGCGGCUGUACGUGUGUGAGAUGGCGCUGGCCCUCGACUACCUGCGCAGCCAGCGCAUCAUCCACAGGGACGUCAAGCCUGACAACAUCCUGCUGGAUGAGCAAGGACAUGCCCACCUGACUGACUUCAACAUUGCCACCAUCGUCAAGGAGGGAGAGAGAGCAACUGCACUAGCUGGCACAAAGCCCUACAUGGCUCCGGAGAUCUUCUAUUCCUUUGUCAACGGCGGGACAGGCUACUCGUUUGAGGUGGACUGGUGGUCGGUGGGAGUGAUGGCCUACGAGCUGCUACGGGGAUGGAGGCCCUACGACAUCCACUCGAGCAACGCUGUGGAGUCCCUGGUGCAGCUGUUUGGCACGGCCAGCGUGCAGUAUGCGCCCUCCUGGUCCAAGGGGACGGUAGCCCUGCUGCGGAAGCUCCUGACCGUGAACCCUGAGCACCGGCUUGCCAGCCUCCAGGACAUGCAGGCGGCGCCGGCCUUGGCUGAUGUGCUGUGGGAUGAGCUGAGCGAGAAGAAGGUGGAGCCGGGCUUUGUGCCCAAUAAAGGCCGCCUGCACUGCGACCCCACCUUCGAGCUGGAGGAGAUGAUCCUGGAGUCGCGGCCCCUGCACAAGAAGAAGAAGCGGCUGGCCAAGAGCAAAUCCCGAGACAGCAGCCGGGACAGCUCCCAGUCGGAGAAUGACUAUCUGCAGGACUGCUUGGACGCCAUCCAGCAAGACUUUGUGAUCUUCAACAGGGAAAAGCUGAAGAGGAGCCAGGACCUGAUGAAUGAGCCGGCCCCUGUCCCUGAGCCAGAGUCUGGGGCAGACAACGAGGCGGAGCGCUCUGCCCUGCCCAUGUGUGGCUCCCUGUGUCCCUCGGGCGGGAGCAGCUAGGCCCCAGGGCCAACUCGCCACAGGCUGGAGACCUGGCGCCGUCGUGGGAGGCCCAGCACUGCAUUCCUCGACGGGGCCCUGGCCAUAUUUCACACCCAGGGUGCAUGGCGACACCAGGCCGUGGCUACAGCUGCCAGGAACUAUGAGUGCCCGGGCAGGGCAGGUGGGGGCCAGGGAGGCCAGUGCCACCUGGCCCAGUCACCUGCAGUGUCCUCUCCUCCCCCUGCUGUGGCCCCUCUGCCCACUAGCUGGCAGGUCGUGGAUGUCCGGGCCAAGGACUGUGUGCCUGGUAACCUGGGCUCUCCCAGGCUCAGCUGGACGUGGCCCUUGGCACUGGGCCCCACCAUCACACGUUCACUGCCUGAGGCUGUGGGCCAUCUCCCCGGCAGGGACAGAGGUGGAGGGGCACGGGGUAUGUUUUCUGUUGGAACUGACUCGCGGCAGUCUGUAGUCCCCACCGCCGCCGAGAAUUACAGCUGAGAAGCAUCGUAUC